UUGGACCAUCCGACAUCGACAUCCAAGAACUUUUCUGGCCCAGUUGUGAUGUUUACGUGAAAACGUGCGUUUGAAGAGACCACGUCCUCGCCGUUCAGCCGGAUGCGGAUGCAGUGCAGCCAAUUGUGAGAUCCCCCAAAGUCCCCGAGAUGAAGUUCGCCGAACACCUGACGGCCCACAUAACGCCGGAGUGGCGAAAGCAGUACAUUAACUAUGAGGAGAUGAAAGCCAUGCUUUAUGCGGCCAUCGAACAAUCGCCAUCCGCAGAGCUCGUGGAGCGCGAAAUGGUGACCCGAUACUUUGCCAAAUUCGAUGAGGAGUUCUUUCACUACUGCGACAAGGAGCUGGCCAAGAUCAACACAUUCUACUCGGAGAAGAUGGCCGAGGCGACUCGCAAAUAUGGCAGUCUGCGCAGCGAACUAACCGAGGCCCUGGAAAUGGGUCAUCCGAAGAAGCAACCGGCCUGGAAGAGGCGCACUCCGCUGGGCAAGAAGAAUGUGCCGGCACGCAAGAUACAGGAUCUCAAGUUGGCAUUUAGUGAAUUCUAUCUGGGGCUGAUACUGCUCCAGAACUACCAGAACCUCAACUUCACGGGUUUCCGUAAGAUACUUAAGAAACAUGACAAGCUGCUGAGCGUGGAUUAUGGUGCAAGGUGGCGCACGGAUCACGUGGAGGCGGCACACUUUUACACUAACAAGGAUAUCGAUCGGUUGAUCCAGGAAACGGAGCAGGCCGUUACCCAGGACAUUGAGGGAGGUGAUCGACAGAGGGCGAUGAAGCGGUUACGUGUGCCUCCACUGGGUGAGCAGCAGAGUCCUUGGACUACCUUCAAAGUGGGCCUCUUCUCCGGCGCCUUCGUAGUCCUCUUCAUAACGGUUGUGAUUGCGGCCAUGUUCUAUGGAUUCGGAGAGAAUUGGCGAGCUGGAAUGAGGAUGUUCCGAGCUCCAUUCCUGAUCAUUGAAUGCCUUUUCCUCUGGGGCGUCAACGUCUACGGUUGGAGGUCAUCUGGUGUGAAUCACGUCCUCAUCUUUGAGUUGGAUCCACGCAAUCACUUAUCCGAACAGAACAUCAUGGAGGUGGCUUCGGUGUUUGGAGUCAUCUGGGCCAUCUGUGUGCUGAGCUAUAUCUUCUGCGAUCCAUUGGGCAUCCCGCAGUACGCAGCUCCACUGUGCCUCUACACAUUGAUGGCUGCCUUUUUGCUCAAUCCCACAAAGACUUUCCACCACGAGGCUAGGUACUGGGCCUUAAGGGUCCUAGGCCGAGUAAUCAUGGCGCCUUUCUGCUUCGUAAACUUUGCCGAUUUCUGGCUGGCCGAUCAGCUAAACAGCAUGGUUCCAGCCUUUCUCGAUAUACCCUUCCUGAUUUGCUUCUUUGGUCGGAGUCCCACGUGGCACAAAGCCGGAAAGGCUGCCAGUCACUGUGUGGAAUAUGUGUCCCUGCUGCAUCCUAUUGUUGCCAUUUUGCCCGCCUACUUUCGGUUCGCCCAGUGCAUCCGCAGAUACCGCGACACAAAGGAGUCAUUUCCGCAUCUGGUCAACGCAGCGAAGUAUGCAACCUCCUUCUUUGUGGUGAUAUUUGCCCACAAAUAUCACACCACCACGGAUACCUAUCCUCUGUCCAAGGACAAUCCCUGGGUCUACUGCUGGAUUUCGGCGGCCAUCUUCUCGUCCUGCUACGCCUACACAUGGGACAUCAAAAUGGACUGGGGAUUGUUUGACUCGAAGGCGGGCGACAAUCGAUUCUUGCGUGAGGAAAUCGUUUAUUCAUCGACGUGGUUCUACUACUUUGGCAUAAUUGAGGAUUUAAUUCUGCGCUUCAGCUGGACCUUGUCCAUGAGUCUAAUUGAGGCUGGCUACAUCGAAGGCGAUGUAAUGAUGACCAUUCUCAGUCCCCUGGAGGUUUUCCGUCGUUUUAUUUGGAAUUAUUUCCGAUUGGAGAACGAGCAUUUGAACAACGUGGGCAAGUUCAGAGCGGUCAGGGAUAUAUCGGUGGCUCCAAUGGACUGCUCUGAUCAGACCACUAUUCUACGAAUGAUGGAUGAAGCGGAUGGUGUGUUAAAUCGAAGGCGUGGAAAAGCCGCUGGCGGCAAAUCCGGAACAAAGAAGAACAAACAGGAGCAGCGUCUGCUCCUCCAAGGAGAAUCCAUCGAGGACCUUUGCUCGUAGUGGGUCGAAGAUGUGGAUACCCAAUAAACAAAUCUCUGUGUGCACAAAUUUUAAUUUCAUGCUAAUAAAGCACUGCAGUUGCAUUCUCGGAC